AUGAAAGUCUAUACGGUGACUUUCGUCGCCAGCUCCCUUAGUGGCAUAGUGCUGCUGGUGUGCCUCAUGGCCAUUGGGCAAAUUUACAGCAAUGUGCAAGACUUCUGGCAAGAGUUGGAUCAAGAGAUGAGCGCAAUUAGAACCCAAACUGACGAGAUGUGGAAGGAUCUGGUUCAUAUUGGCACAACUCGUCGACGUCGUGAAGCUUACGUUCAAGCUCCAGCUGGUGGUGGCGGAGGACAUCAUGGAGGUAGCGGCGGAGGAGGUUUCGGUGCUGGCGGCAGCAGCGGAGGUUUCGGUGCUGGCGGCAGCAGCGGAGGUUUCGGUGGUGGCGGCGGCGGCGGAGGUUUCGGUGGCAGCGGUUCUGGUGGUGGAGGAGGAGGAGGAUUCGGUGGCAGCGCACCUGCGCACGGAGGAGGCGCUCAAGCUCCCUCUGGUCCCGGCCCGACCUCACCCGGUUGUCAGUGCAGAAGCUCCAGUGAAAACAGAUGUCGCCACGGACCACCUGGACCAAAGGGAAUUCCUGGCGCUCCCGGUCCCAACGGUAUUCCUGGAGUCGACGGUAAACCAGGAGCGGAUGCUGCCGAUGUUAGUCCUGUAUCUCAAGAGACUGGAAUAUGCUUCCACUGUCCACCUGGACCUCCCGGCGCUCCUGGCCCUGUUGGUCGUCCAGGAGCACGUGGAAUGAAGGGAGCUGAUGGAGUCAUCGGCCGUCCUGGUCACGACGGAAACCCCGGCGCGCCUGGAGAGAUGGGAGCCGGUGGUCCUCAAGGACGACCCGGACCAGAAGGACGUCCAGGAGAGAAGGGAACCGACGGACGCAAGCCCAUUGGUCGACCUGGACCAAAAGGGCAACGCGGACUUGCAGGAGAUCCCGGACCACAAGGAUAUCCAGGGCAAACCCCUCCAACAGGUCAACCCGGAACAAUUGGGGUACCAGGAGGUCCUGGACCAGCCGGACCAAAGGGAAUCGACGGACCACCCGGAGGAGAUGGAAAUAUCGGCAGACCUGGACGCGACGCAGAAUACUGCCAGUGCCCAUCAAGGGGCUUCCGUGGUGGUUUCGGUGGAGGUGCCGUUGUUGGAGCUGGAGCAGCUGCGAAUGCAGUCUACGUCGAGAAGGCCAAGAAGACAUAA